AUGGAUAAAGAAGAAAACUUAAACAAAACACACAGGAAAGCACCUGAAAAUGUAGGUUCUGCAAAAAAACGGGCAAAAUUUUCGGAUUUAAGAUCUAUAGCUGUUGAAUCUGAUUCUGCAGCUAUUAGAGAAGGUGAGAUUGAUGUUAAAUCAUUUUUGAACUCGAGGAAAUUUGAAAUUCGUGCUCUUUUUCAAGCAAUGAGACGUUCACGCCAAUCAUUUGCACAAAGAGCUUUUCAAAGUUUGCCUAGGUUUUUGAGAAGAAGAGCUGCUUCUCAUAAUUUAAAAAGAGUACCAAAAUAUUUACGUUUUAGAGCAAAAAAUGAAAUCAGUGAUAAGAAUGUAUUGAAAAAGUCAAAACCUAAGGGAAAGAAAAGAAUUCGUCUUUUGACUGUUUAUAAGUUAAGAAAAUUUGCUAUUAGGAAUAAUAUGAUUACAGAAAUACCAAAAAAUGAGCAAAUUGAAACUAAAGAAGAAUUCCCUAAAGUUAAAAAAGUAAAUGGGAAAUUCUCAAAAAGGCAAAAGGAUAAAACAUGGCUUCCAACUCAUUUAUGGCAUGCGAAACGUGCUAAAAUGCUAAUAAGAUGGUCCUAUUCUAUAGCAAAAACACCUACUUUAAAAUCUUAUAGAUUGACACAUAGAUCUGCUAAUAUAGAUGGUGCAAUUGCGUUUGAUACAAGCUAUUACUGUACAAUAUGCUUAUGGGGAGAAAUAGAGAACUUAAAACGUGUUUUGCAGCACUUUACAAUGAAUGAUUCUGGCGUUACAAAAGGAAGAUAUGUUAGAGGUACUCGGUUUUGUGAAGCUAUGAUAUAUCAAAAAGAUUCUAAUUUUCUUCGUCUUAUUUGUCCUGCAUAUUUUUUAUGGCAGAAAAUUGGGAAUUCUCAAUGUGUGAUGGUUAGAUUUCAUCCUGUAGCUUUUAAACAAGUAUAUAUUGAAAUGAAGGAAAUAUCAAGCAUUGAAAAUGUUAUGAUUGAGGAUUGUAGAUUUGAUAUUGGUGGUAUAGAUGUUCAUGGUCCUAUGUCAACAUUAGCUUUGCAGUGUUUGUUUGAUGUUAAAAUGUCUGAUACAAUAUCUCAAGUUUGGUCAGAAAUUAAAUAUGUAUCACAAAUUAGAUCGCUUCCUGUAGGUAUAGUUAUUCCUCUUAAUAUUAGAGAUCCUCGGUUAUCAUUUCCUCCUAGGCUCAUAGAUGUAAAAGAUAAAGGGUCUUGUGAUAUAUUGAUCAAAUCGUGGAAGGAUGAAUUGAUAUCUUCUUCUGAAUUAUUUAAUACUGAUGUUCGUUUGAGAUGUCAAAAAAAUCAGCUUUCUCAACAGCGUAUAAAUGUUCUUCGUUCUGAGUUAUCAAAGUCAUCUGUACCUUAUGAUAUACCUGUUUUGCUUCUUCGUUGUGAAAUUUGUUGGACAGUACUUGCACCAUGGAAUUGGAUAACACAUCUUUGGUAUUCUUUAAUGCAUAUCCCGAAAGUUUGUUUUGGUGGAAUGCAAGAAAAACAGCAAUUGGAAUUUGAAGAAGGCAGACCUUAUUUUCCAUCGGAUUAUCAUGGUACAUUGGCUGGGAAUGAAAAUGAAAGAAUUGAGGGUCAAUAUAGAGAAUCUGAAUGGACGAAGAAACCACCUUCUAAGAGAAUAUCAUGGUCUUCUGUUAUUACAAAAGAUGGUAAAGGUGAACAUGGUAAUCCUUUUAUUUGUGAUUGGAGUUAUUUAUUUUUAAAAUCUUGUGAAAGCAAUUUUGGAAAUAUUGGAAAUGAAUCUAAAUUAUUGAAAACUGAUUUUCAUUUAAUUUCUGGUAUUGAUAUUAAAGCUAAAAUUGAGUCGAAUUUAUAUGAAUCUUUGAAUUUUGUUUUUAUUGUCAAAAUUACUAUGUUACGACGAGGUAAUCCUAGCUGUUGUGCUAGAGUUUAUUCUAUUCCAUCUGAAGAAAAGGAAGUUUGGGAACGCUUUUCUAAAGAAAUAAUAAAGCAUGAUGAUAAUGAGUAUCCUUUAUGUCCAUCGUCUGAUAAUCUUCUUGGUUUUGUAACUAGUGGUAAUUUUAAUUUAAAAAGAGGUAAAGCUACUGCUAUUGGAUGUUUUUCAUUACAUAAAGUAUCAAAAAUAUUAGUUGAUAAUAAGAAAAGAUAUUGCAUAGUAAGGAAUGUUGGUUCUAGUACAGUAAAUAUGGCUAAAUGGGAUUUUGUUAAUUAA